UUCAAUUACUAGCAAUGAUUUAUGUGGGCAGUAUUCUGCUCCCGAUCACAUUACUGGUGAUCUAUCCACAGCAUUGCGAUGCUGUCUGUGGCUAUGAGUCAUGUCCCGAAACAAAGCCGAAUAUGGUGAACAUCCACCUGGUGCCACACUCCCACGACGAUGUCGGUUGGCUCAAGACGGCGGAUCAGUCGUAUUAUGGCUACAAGAAUAACAUCCACCAUGCUGGUGUCCAGUACAUUUUGGAUACGGUUGUGAUGGAGCUCAUCAGGGAUCCGAAGCGACGCUUCAUACAGGUGGAGACCUACUUCUUUGCCAAGUGGUGGAGGGAACAGUCGGAGACCAUGCGGCAAAUUGUCACCAAAUUGGUCAACGAAGGACGCUUUGAGUUCACGGGCGGAGGCUGGAGCAUGAACGAUGAGGCAGCAGUCAACUACCAGGGUGUGAUCGAUCAGUUUACGGUGGGAUUGAAGUUUCUGAACGAGACAUUCGGUGCUUGUGCCCGUCCUCGGGUUGGCUGGCAGAUCGAUACUUUUGGCCAUUCCCGCGAACAGGCGGCGAUAUUUGCACAGAUGGGCUACGACGGACAGUUCUUCUCCCGCAUGGAUCACAACGAUAAGGACAAGCGUCUGGAGAGUCUGUCCAUGGAAAUGAUUUGGGAUGCCAGCGAGUCCUUGAGCUCUGAUGUGAACCUCUUCACCGGCAUGCUGUACAAUUUCUACUCCGAUACACCCGGCUUCUGCUUUGAUGUCCUCUGCACCGAUGACCCCAUUAUCGAUGGCAAGAGCUACGACAACAAUGUCGAGUCCAGGGUGGAUGAUUUCAUUAGCUAUGCGGCAACUGUCUCGAAGCACUAUCUAACGAAUCACAUCAUGAUCCCAAUGGGUGGCGAUUUUCAGUACGAGGAUGCCAAAGUUAACUACAAAAACAUGGACAAGCUGAUCAAGUAUUUAAACGCACGACAGGCGAAUGGCAGCAAGUACAACAUCUUCUACUCCACGCCGAGCUGCUAUCUCAGCGCUCUGCAUCAGAGUCUGCAGACGUGGCCCAACAAAACCCAGGACUUCUUUCCCUAUGCCCAUGAGCCGAACAGCUUCUGGACCGGCUACUACACCUCCCGACCCACCCAGAAGCGCUUCGAGCGGGAUGGCAACCACAUGCUGCAGACAGCCAAGCAGCUCAGUGUCUUCGCCGGACACUCGAGCGAGCAGCAGAAGGAGGAUCUGAACUACCUCCGCCAGAUAAUGGGAGUGAUGCAGCACCACGAUGCCAUCACUGGCACAGAACGACAGGCCGUAUCGAAUGACUACGAUCGAUUGAUGUAUGAUGCCAUUAUAGGAGCGGCCAACAGUGCCCGGGAUGCCCUGCGAGUGCUGACCAACCUGCCGGAGGGUGAGUUCGAGAGCUGCCUGCAGCUGAACAUCAGCGAGUGCGCCUUCACCAAGGACGGUGCGGACAAUGUGGUGGUGACCCUGUUCAACCCAUUGGCCCAUAACUCCACCCAGUAUGUGCGAGUGCCCGUGAAGGAGGAAAGCUAUAAAGUCACCGAUGAGAAGGGCGAUGAAGUCGCUUCAGAAAUAGUGCCAGUUCCCUGGCAGGUCCUGGCACUGGCGCAUCGUGCCAAUGAUACCCAACAUGAGUUGAUUUUCAAGGCCACCUUGAAUAAGAUCGCCAGCUACUACAUCGAGAAGAUCGACAAGACAGAGAACAAAAAGAGUCAUAUGACAGAGAGGGUUGAGGAUUCCGAUACUGUGGUUCAAAAUUCGCUCAUCAAGUUGGUGAUAGACAAGAAAUCUGGUCGCUUGAAGACAGUGGAGAUGAACGGAGUCACGGAGAACAUUGAGCAGAACUUUGGGGUGUACAAGACUCGCGCCUCCUGUGCCUACACUUUCCGUCAGGAGGGGGACAUUGAAGUCGUGCAGGAUGCUGUUGGGUUCACAGUGUACGACGGGGCUUCGGUCAAGGAAGUCCAUCAGCAGGUGAACGAGUGGAUCUCUCAGGUCAUCCGCAUCUAUGAGGGUGUCAACCGGGUGGAGUUUGAAUGGCUGAUCGGACCCAUACCCAUUGUGGACAACGUGGGCAUGGAGAUUGUGACCAACUUCCGCAGUGGAAUCUCAUCCAAUGGCGUCUUCUACACCGACUCCAAUGGCCGUGAGUUGAUGAGGCGAGAGAAGGACAAGCGGGAGGACUUUGACUCAGACUUGAGCCAUCAACCGAUUAGCGGCAACUUUUAUCCAGUCACCUCCCGCAUUGCUCUGCAGGACAAUGAAAAGCGCUUGGUCCUGCUCAAUGAUCGUGCUCAGGGCGGGGCCAGCUUGGCGAACGGACAGCUGGAAAUGCUGCUGCAUCGUCGUCUGAUGUUCAAUGACGGUGGUGGCGUUGGCGAAGCUCUCAAUGAAGAACAGUAUGGCAAGGGUCUGAUUGCACGUGGAAAACUAUUUCUAGUCCUCAACUCAAUCAAAAAAGGAAAUACUCUAGCUGAACGUCUCGCAGAGAAGGAGCUUCAUCUGCCCUUUUACAAGUUCUUCAGCAAGGGCAGCAGUGGAAGCACCACUGCUAUUCCUAUUCCCCAUUCAAUAACCGAUUUCAAUGACUUCCCCAAGUCGGUGCAUCUUCUCACCCUGGAGCCCUUCACCGAUGAUGAGAUCCUGUUGCGCGUGGAGAACUUCCUGGAUCACAUCGAGGGCAAGGUGGUUAGCUUCAACAUUCGGCAGAUCUUUGAUAGCUUGGGCGGUGUAGAGAUUCGCGAAACCACCUUGGAUGGCAACCUGCCACUGAGCCAGAUGAAGCGGUUCAAGUUCCCAGCGAAGGCAUCUGGCAGUUUGCCACCAACUGUUGUCGAGUACUCCACGGUUGAAUACCAGCCCCUGCAGGCGGAUAAACUCCAGGAGGGAUCAGAGUUUAUUGUAACUCUGAACCCAAUGCAAAUACGUACUUUCAUUAUUAAAAGAGAACUAUAAAAUAUAUUUAUUGCUUGGCUUUCCGUUUCCCACUGAUAAGAGCUCUGAUUGCCUGGAAACUUCAAGUAGUAAA